AUGCUUUUAUGUAUGGUUCUUGCAUCUCUUAGACCGCAUUUGGGUAAAACAAAUGGUGUUUUCAAUGGGAAUAUUAUAAUUCGAUAUUUCGCUGUGCCUUUAACAUAUUUGGAAGCAGGGUUGAUAUGUGAUCCUAAAACGCUGUACUUAACUUUAAGCAAUGGCCCACUUUUAAUAUUUACAAUGACUUUUAUAUACGUUUUAAUGCCUUUUUUGAUGAGACUGGGCGUAUGUCUGUUAACAUAUGCAAACGUCAAUGUCUGGCUUUUAAAGGGAAUGGAAGUACUUUACUGUAUGCCACCGCCGUUUAAUACGAGCCUCGUUUUGUGUCGACUAACACAAGCAGAUUUGUCAACAAGUAUUGUAAUAACAUUGGUUUCUCAUUUUGGAGGAUUGUUCAUAUCUCCUGUAUUAUUGUACUUUGUGUUAGGAGCCUCCACACCACCUCUAGUCGGUGUAAAUAUUAAAGAAACUAUUUACAGUACAAUUGUACCAUUAGCCAUUGGUAUUGCGAUUCAAGUUUACAUUCUGAAAUAUGAUUUCUGUUUUAAAAUUAAAUCACCGUGGUUUUCUCAAGGAUUGUUAUUAGCUACAGCGUAUCAUUGGUUUUGCGAUGCUGUUUCAGUGGAUGCAUCGUCUCUGCAAGCCAGUGAUGUGUUAUUAUGUGUAGUAAUUGCUUGCGUGGGACAACUGUUUGUUAGCUGCUUGUGUUGGAUAUUGUGCUCUCGAUGGUUACCCCGGGACAUCUUACUAGCUGCACUUUUUACAACUACUCACAAGUCGGUUGGCCUUGGCAGCUGGGUUUUACGCGGUGCUUACCAUGGUUCUGCCCAUGGUCCAGCAGUUAACUUACCAUUGUCUGUUCUACCCGUUGCACAAUUAUUGUUAGUGUAG